AUGUCCGACCCUACCAUCGUGCAGCCUGUGCAGGACAGGAGCGCAUCGCAGGAUGAUGGCAAAGAUGCCGCCGUUGUCAACGUCGAGCAGCAGGGCCGCAAGAAGGUCAUUGGGCGAGGCAGCAAGAUCUCGUCCAUUGCCAUGGUUCUUGUCGCCGGCGCUGCCCUGUUUUCAGAUGGUUACAAUGCGCAGGUGGUCGGCCAGAUGAAUCCUGUCCUGUCGGCGCUGUAUCCCGACGACUACACCAAGAAGAUCAAGACAAGCAUGUCCAACGCCUUUUUGAUUGGCGAGGUCUUUGGCAUGCUCUUCUUUGGCUGGGCCAUUGACAGGCUCGGUCGUCGCACCGGCAUCUUCUGGGCCACCUUUUUCCUGGUUCUUGGCAUCGUCUUGGCCACCGCCGCCCACGGCGCCACCCGCAACGGCAUGUUCUGGAUGAUGAUUAUCGGACGAGGCGUCGCUGGAUUCGGAGCCGGAGGCGAGUACCCGACCUGCGCUACCAGUACUUCUGAGGCGGCAGACGAGAAUGCCCAGGUCCGACGCCGCCGCGGCAUGCUCACCGCCGUCGCCACCGACUUCUCCAUCGAUCUAGGCUUUGUCUUUGCAGGCAUCAUCGUCUUGAUUGUUCUUGCGGCUUACAGCUACAAGCCCAGUGAUGGCCUGUGGCGCGUCUGCUUUGGUAUCGGCUUGGUGCUGCCUGUCGCCCUUCUCUUUGUGCGUCUGCGCCUUGUCAACUCGACCCAAUACAAGAAGCACGCCAUGAAAAAGCAGAUUCCCUAUUUGCUGGUCAUCAAGCGCUACUGGAAGCCCAUGAUCGGUACCUCGAUGGCCUGGUUCGUUUAUGACUUUGUGACAUAUCCAUUCGGUCUAUUCGGCUCGACCAUUCUGGCGACUCUCAACCCCAGCGACAGUCUUAUGCAGACUGUUGGGUAUGGAACUGUUCUCAACUGCUUCUACUUGCCUGGCUGCCUUCUUGGCGGUUACCUCAUGGACAAGAUUGGACGCAAACAGACCAUGACUCUGGGUUUCGUUCUCUGGUCGCUCAUGGGGUUCAUCAUUGGUGGCGCUUUGAAUCCACUGAAAACCGUCUUCCCUCUCUUCGUCAUCAUGUACGGAAUUUUCAAUGCAGUUGCGGAAAUGGGCCCAGGUGUCGCGACUUUCCUCUGCGGUGCUGAAUCCUUCCCAACCCCAGUGCGUGGCCACUUUCUCGGUCUUGCGGCCGCAGUGGGCAAGGCUGGCGCCGCCAUCGGUACCCAAGUCUUUACACCCAUUCAAGACUCGUUCAAAGACGAGAACAAGGGCGUGCAGGGCGUGUUCCUCAUCGGAGCUGGUUUCGCCAUGACUGGCGCCCUCAUCACCUGGUUCCUCGUCCCCGACAUGGAGCGCGAGCUGGAGAGCGAGGAUGCCAAGUUCCGUCGCUACCUGGAGGAAAAUGGAUACCAUGGCGUUUUUGGCGAAGACGAGAAAGAUGAUGGCGUGGCUGUUUCUCAAAGCAGCACCAACUAA